GAUGAAAAUUUAGAUUUUUUUGCCCCACGCUGGUGACAUUGCCAAUAACGUUUCGCUCAGUUAAUCUAAUAUCAAGUUCAGAAAAUUAUCCGUCCUUUUCAUUUUAUUUACCAACUCAUUCUGUGUUAUAAUUCAAUGUUUCUUUUGUUAAUAUUUUUCGUUAUUUUCAGUUUUAUUUAUUUCCAUUUUUAUAAGCACUCUUUUUUUUAUACUUCCGUGCAGUGUUUAUUAGUGAACGUAAAACCAGUUUCAGCAUAAUCUGAACGAUCUAGCGCAUUGGACCAUCGUUGUUUCAUAAUCAAAAAACUGUACUGAAGUUAAAUAAAUUCAAUAGCGAAAUUAACGGAAAAACUUCGUGUUGAAGCUUUGAAAUCGGUCUCACUCAAAAUUAAAUAAUAUUCAUAACUUGGAAUGUCGUUGAAUACAUUACAUGUUCUGCAGCUGUGUAAAUAAAGGAAAAAAAAAUAGAAUUAUUUUAAGUCACAGGACCACACAUAGGAAGCACAAGUGAUUUCCUUACCGACCAUUUCCGUGUCGACCAUUUGUUGAACAGUCAAAGAAAAAAGGCUGCAGCCAAAUUUCCCAAUGCUCCAAUUUUAGCCGAUGUAGAUGAAUAGCCCGAGCUGAUAACCCUUAAGAGAUGGUAUCGUUGAAUACCAUACGUGACAAGGAGGCGUACUGGUACUGGAUCUUGAUUGUCAUCAUCGGAAUCACAACAGUGUGUGGGAACAUGUUGGUUAUAUACAUCAUUGCGACGAGGAGAACACUGCACGUCGCAACCAAUUGGUUCAUACUUUCUCUCUCUUUCUCCGAUUUGCUGGUUGGACUCUUAGUAAUACCAACUUACAUCAUCCACACGUUCUUUGUACAACUAAAUCUGCAUGCUCUUUUAACAUUUUAUAAUCUUAUCUUAUACGUUUCCGUUGGGAAUUUGUGUGCAAUGACAGGAGAUAGAUAUCUUGCCAUAACAAGACCGUUGACAUACGCGUCAGAAAUGACUCCUUCGAAGGUCUCGAUAUUUAUACUUAUUGCAUGGAUAGCACCCACUAGUUUGUCACUUUUAUCAUUGUCAUGGAAUACUUCGACCGAAACCAAAGACACCAUAAACAGAAUGUACAGCGGCUUGAUUGUAGUCUGUUUCGAGGUAAUCCCGUGUUUUAUGAUGAUUUUGGUCCAUAUUCAUCUGUAUCUGAUAACUCGAUAUCACAGUCGAAGAAUCGCUGCGCAGGGCAAUGUCAUGGACCGCCACCGCAGCAUCAAUUAUGUCACACGAAGGAGACAAAGGAAUCGGGAGAGAUCCAAUCUCAAGGUUUUUGCAUCAGUGGUCCUGUUGUUUGUCUUUUGUUGGGUUUUGUCAGCGUAUCGUGGAUUUUGUGAAGUUUUCAGCCUAUGUUCUGUAGGCAACGAAAUUGUUCAAAUCUCCAGAAUUCUCAUAUUUUCAAAUUCCGCUGUUAAUGUCGUCGUGUACUCACUUUUAAAAAGGGAUAUAAGGACGGAGCUAAAGCGGUUCCUUAAGUGCCGUGUAAGGCAGGAAUCACUUCAAUUUGGCCUGGUUACUUUACGAGAGUCGAUGAGACCCAGCCGCCUGCUUGAAAUUGGCGUUUAUACAUCAAUGCGCGCGCAUCAGGGGCCGGAACCUUCUUUAAAUCAAGAGCCUCUCUGUCGUAAAGUAGUCGACUGA